UGGGGUAUAGCAUUGAUUAGGACGCUGCUAUGGGGUAUGGCGGUGAUCCGGAUACUGGUAUGGUAUAUGGGGUGUACCAGAAUGCUAGUUUGGGGUAUAGCAUUGAUCAGGACACUGAUAUGGGGUAUGGCGGUGAUCCGGAUACUGGUAUUACAUAUGGGGUGUACCAGAAUGCUGAUAUGGGGUAUAGCAUUGAUUAGGAUGCUGGUAUGGGGUAUGGCAGUGAUCAGGACACUGGUAUGGUAUAUGGGGGUGAUCAGAACACUGGUAUGGGCUAUGGCGGUGAUCAGGAUGCUGGUAUGG